UGACUGCAUUGCUGGGAGCCCCAUUCGGCUUGUCUGACUAUGUGUGUCGGUGUGUGUUUCUGUUUGACAGUGGGACAGUGAGCCUCUCUCUUUGGCCUCACAAGAUUCGGAUUAUAAAGCAGUACAUUUGGAGUUCCUGCGUUGAGUAUUAGCCAUCAUAAGGUUCACAGUGUCACCGUUUAUGUGUUGACCCACCCCCACUCUGACAUCACAUCACGCUGACCUCUGACUGUUUGACCCCUCACCCCUGACUCCUCCCCCAGCAGCCGUUGCCAUGGCGCUUUCCUCACGCUUAAAGCUCUGGGAGCAGAAGGGAGAUAAAGGAGAAGAAGGAAGAGCCCACCUCUCCUCCGCCUCCUCUGUCAGCCCUACCGGGAGGCUUCCUCAAACAGCUGGUCAGAGAGACAGAGAAGGAGACCAAACAAAAAGAACCUGAGGUCAAAGAAGAGAAGGUGCCCAGUAAACUGAGUGACAACCUGGUGCAGCAGUUCCUCCUCCCAGACCAGACUCCACCAAUCCUGGAAGCUGAGAUGGCACUACGUAAUGAGCAUUUGGUCAAUGGAGAGCGAGGCCGCCACUCCAACCAAUCAGAUCUCAAGACCUCCUCGCCCCCGCAAAUAAUUUCCCCCGAAAUCAAGAGCCCACCCUUGGGGGACACAGCCAAAAAGGAAGUGACCUCAGAGCCACAGAAACAGGAAAUGACGACAGAGCAGCUGAAGCAAAAACAAGAAGUUACAUCAGAGCUGCAGGGGCAGGAAGUGAAGUCAGGGAAAGAGAAGGUGACAAAUGAUGCCAAGAAGCCAAAGAUGGAAGGAAAGAAUGAGAAGCAGAAAGAGGAGAAGAAAGAGGGAGUGAUCGAAGAGAGACUGGAGCCUGAGGGGCAACAAGCAGACACCACCUCAACACAACACAAGAGGAAAGAGGUGAGGGAUGUGUGGUAUGAGAUUGGCACUGUGUGGUACGUCCACAAGGAGGGCUUCUCCCUAGCCACUCAGCUGAAGCCAGACGAAGGAACCCCAGAUCUCCCAGCAGGCUUAGUGAGAGUCAGAAUGGAGACAGAUGGAACACUGCAUGAUGUCAUGGAGCACGACAUCCACAAGUUGAAUCCCUCUGAGUUGGACCUGUGUGAGGACUUGAGUGAACUGCAGAGUGUGAAUGAGUGUGGAGCACUCCACACGUUAACCAGUCGAGCUAAAGCCAGCCUGCCUCUCACACAAGCAGGACCCAACCUGCUCAACUUCUGGCCUCCGCUGAACCAACACGGCAAGACCCCUCGCUCCCGUCGUGGGGACAGUGUGUGGGACGCUCCCCCUGCCCUGGCCGCUCUAGUCAGGCGUGUCUAUGUCUCCAUGGUGGGCACCCGCAGGGACCAGAGUGUGUGUGCGGUGGGACGCAGCGGCACUGGCAAGACCACUUCCUGCCAAGCCUUCACACACACACUCCUGAAACAGGCUGGCACUGCCGGAGACAGCAUCAGUGUGGAGCGUAUCCAGGCGGUGUUCACAAUCCUGAGGUCGUUUGGGUGUGUGAGCUCUCAGCACAGUGAUGCCUCUUCUCGCUUCGCCAUGGUUCUCUCUCUGGACUUCAACCAUGCUGGACUGGCCUCUGCCGGACACCUACAGACUAUGAUGUUAGAGAAGUGGAGAGUGUGUCAGAAGAUGGAGGGAGAGAGUAACUUCCUGGUCUUCUCCCAGAUGCUGGCUGGACUCAGUACAGAGAUGAGGACGGAGCUGCAGAUGCACCAAUUCCCAGAGGCCAACUGUUUUGGAAUAGUCCCUCCCACCAAGGUGGAAGAAAAGCAGCGUGCAUCAGUGGCCUUCACCAAGCUGCUGGUUGCCAUGGAAACUCUGGGCUUCUCGGCCAAUGAGCAACGAGCAAUAUGGCAUGUCCUGGCAGGGUUGUACCAUCUGGGAGCAGCGGGGGCAUGUAAAGUGGGGCGUAGGGCGUUUGUGAGUUUCGACAGUGCCCAGGUGGCCAGUAGUGUAUUGGGGUGUGAGGGGGAGGAGCUCCACACAGCAGUGUUCAAACACCACCUCAGACAGCUGCUGCAGAGAGCCACCGGGGGCGGCAGAGAGAGACACGCUACUACUGAUGCAGAGGAGGGUCCCAGGAUGAGUGCUACUCAGUGUGUAGAUGGCAUGGCUUCUGGACUGUACGAAGAACUCUUCACGGCUAUAGUGUCACUUAUCAACAGGGCUCUGAGCUCUCAGCAGCUGACGUUAGCCUCUGUGAUGGUGGUGGACACUCCAGGCCUCCGCAACCCCAGACACAGUGCAGAGGAGAGGGCUGCAGGCUGGUCUGAACUCUGUCAUAACUACCUACAAGAGAGACUGCUGGAGUACUACUACACACACACCUUCACACACACACUGGAAAGAUACUCACAGGACGGAGUUCAAGUAGACUUUGAAGCUCCAGAGACCAGUCCUGCUGAGGUGGUGUCCUCCAUAGACCAGCCUGCUCUACAGGUGCGAGGGGCAGAGGGAGACCCCAGAGGACUGCUGUGGGUUCUGGAUGAGGAGAUGGUGACUCCAGGAUCGACAGAAAACACUGUCCUGGAGAGAGUCUCCCAGUACUACAGUUCUACUGUGCGUAAGUGUGAACAGCCCCUGCAGUGUGAGGUGAGCCACCUGAUGGGUUCUGACCCGGUCAGAUAUGACCUGACGGGAUGGUUCAGCCUGGUGCAGAACAACCCUUCUGCUCUCAACGCCAUCUCACUGCUGCAGAAUUCCUCUGUUGGGGUAGUGAAGGCGUUAUUCGGCCCCCGUGCCUCUGUGCCCCCUCUGUGUCGUGGUUUGGGAGGGGUGGAGGGGGGCAGCCAGCGUUCGCUACAGAGGAGUGGCACCGUCAGAAAGACCUUCAGCGGAGGAAUGGCCGCCAUACGCCGACACUCCCACUGUAUAUCAGUUAAACUACAGGCCGAUGCUCUAUUGAAUCUGAUUCGUCGAGCCAGGCCAGUGUUCCUGCAGUGUGUGGGUGCUAAGACAGACAGCAGUGGUGGAGGAUUCGACGUCCCUGCUCUCAGGAUCCAGCUACACUCUACACACAUCCUCCCCGCCCUGCAGCUCUAUCGCACAGGUUAUCCGGAACAUAUGACUCUGAGUGACUUCAGGUGUCGUUUCCAGGCUCUGUCUCCUCCGGUCAUGAAACGCUAUGGUUCAGUCUUCAUCACCCCAGACGAGAGGAAGGCAGUGGAGGAGCUGCUGGUAGAACUGGAUCUGAACAAGAAGAGUACCGUACUAGGAGCCGGCAGGGUGUUUAUGAAGCGAGGUGUGUUAAAGUACCUGGACCAGCAGAGAGACAAGCUGGUCAGUGUCUGGCUGGUUCACCUACAGGCUGCCUGUCUGGGACACCUGGCUAGACAACAACACCGCAAAAUGAAGGUGCAGCAGAUGGCAGUGAGGUGUGUCCAGAGUAACAUCCGUACUCUGAGAGGCGUGGCCAAGUGGAGCUGGUGGAAACUGCUGUGUAGAGUACGCCCCCUACUGGAUGUUAACAUGGAUGACCAGAGACUUAGAGCCAAGGAGGAUGAGAUCACGGCUCUGAGACGACGUCUGGAGAAGUCAGAGAGAGAGAGGAACGAGCUGAGACAGACCACUGACAUCCUGGAGACCAAGGUGACGGCGGUGUCGUCUGAACUAAGCGAUGAGCGUUUCCGUGGUGAAGCUGUCAGCCAGGCGCUUGACAUGGAGAGAGGAGAGAGACUACGACUCACCAGGGAAAACAAGGAACUACAGGCUCGGCUGGGCCAGUGUAAGGUCACCAUGGUGACGCUGGAGAAACAGUUGGAGGAGGAGAAACAGAAAGUCCAGAGCAAAGAGUCCCAGGCUGGGACAGGGACAAGCUGGGGAACUACUAGAGAGAGUGAGAUGGCACUACAGCUAGAGUGCUGCCAGACUGAGGUAGAGUAUGUCAGGAGACGACUCAAACACACAGAGGAGAGACUGGAGGCAGAGAGACAGACACACCUAGAGCUGGACACCAAGGUGGGCUCCCUACAGGCCCAGCUGGAGCAGUCUAAGAGGAGCGCCACAGAGUUGAAGCGUCAGGUUCGUCGUGUCACCUCUGACCUCCAGGACGCCCGUGUUCUCACUGACAGCCUACAGGGUCGCGCUCACGAGCUGGACCGCAAACAGAGGAGGUUUGACAGUGAGUUGACCCAGGCCCUAGAAGAGGCUGACAAAGAGAGAGAACUGAAGGACAAAGCCAUUUACGAGAGCACUGCACUGGGGGCAGAGAUAUACACUCUGAAACGCACUCUACAGGAGAGCCUGGCAGAAGUGGUUCGUGUGCAGCAGCAGAAGGAGGAGCUGUGUGCCCAGAUCCGUGACCUCAGCGUGCCCUUUGACCUGGCCUCUGAUUCGCUGCCGGACCUCAAGAAGCAGCUCCGCCUCCUGGAGACCCAGACCAAUGAGAGAGGAGAGGAGAUUACCAAGCUUACCGCCAAGAUUCAGCAGGCACAGCAGUUGCACCUGCGUUUUGAGAUGGAGAUGGAGAGAAUGAAACAGAUUCAUCUUAAAGAGCUGGAGGAUAAAGAGGAGGAGUUAGAGGACGUACACAAGUCUUCCCAGAGACGGCUGCGUCAGCUAGAGAUGCAGCUGGAACAAGAGUAUGAAGAGAAACAGAUGGUUGUUCAUGAGAAACACGACCUGGAGGGACUCAUAGCUACACUUUGUGACCAGGUGGGACACAGGGACUUUGAUGUGGAGAAGAGACUGAGGAGAGAUCUGAAGAGAACCCAUGCCCUGCUGGUUGAUGCUCAGCUACUACUGUCUACCAUAGACAACCCUGGACACAGCCAGGCUCCCGGCAGCAAGGAACACAUAGAGCGUCUGCACUGCCAGUUGGAGGAGAGUGAGGCAAGGAGAGCGGAGGUGGAGAGUGUUCAGAAGACUCUGUCCAUGGAACUGGAGAAUGCUCAGAUAGAACUAGAGAACAUCUGCAAACACAAUAGUCUGGUGGAUGAGCAGGUAGCUCAGCUGCAACAUGACAAGUCCGAUCUGUUGAAGAGACUAGAGGAGGACCAGGAGGACCUUAAUGAACUCAUGAAGAAACACAAAGCUCUCAUUGCACAGUCCUCCAGUGAUAUUUCACAGAUCAGAGAGUUACAGGCUGAACUGGAGGAGGCCAAGAAACAGCAACACACACUCCAGGAAGAGCUCGCAACCAGUAUGGCCAGGGUGCAGUUCCUAGAGUCGUCCACCGUGGGGCGUAGUAUCGUCAGUAUGCAAGAGGCCAGGGUGUGUGACCUGGAGAACAAGCUGGAGUUCCAGAGAGGACAGGUCAAGAGGUUUGAGGUGUUGGUGCUGCGUCUGAGGGAUAGUGUGGUGCGUCUGGGAGAGGAGCUGGAGCAGAGUGCUCAGACAGAGGUCCGAGAGAGAGAGAACAGUCAGUACUACCAACAACGCCUCCACCACAUGAGACAGGAGGUUGAAGACCUGUCUCAGAGAGAACAGGACAGCAGCCGCAGAUGCUUGGAGCUGGAGAUGCAAGUGACAGAGCUGAGUGCGGUCAGACAGACAUUACAAGCUGAUCUGGAGACAUCCAUCCAUCGUAUCGUUGAUCUGCAAGCCGCCCUGGAGGAGGUGGAGUCUAGUGACGAAAGUGAUGAUGAGAGUGUUGCGACGGCUGUGGAAUCCUUUGCUAAGAAGAGAGACCUCGACAGUGUGUCUAGUGUUGGUUCUCAAUCUCUGGGCACAGAGGAUGUUGGAGAGGGCAUCCGUCAUUGGCUGGGUGUUCCCCGAGGGGGGGCCAGACGGGGCUCUCCCUAUGGCAGCAGUACCAUCAGCAACCAGUCGGGGCGCCAGUCUGUCACAGACACCAUGAGCACUUACAGCUUCCGCUCCUGUGUGGACCCAGAUGAGAACGGUUUAGAACCAGGGGGUGUGGUUGGUAAUGGGGGAAGUUCACAUCUUGGUCGGGCCUCCUCCUCCUCUGCCCUCUCCGAGCUAUUAGAGGGGCUUCGUAAGCGGCGAGGGGGAGCAGAGUCUGGGGAGGGGGAUGGCAGUACUAUUUCUCUCCCUAUCUACCAGACCACUGGGGCCUCAACCCUCCGCCGCAGAGCCUCAGCCCUCUCUCUGGGCCCCGAAGACCUCCAGGAGCCCCGCAGCAUCCUCAAACCUCCCUCCCCACUGCUGCCACGCGCCGCCAGCCUGCGCAACAUAGGCGAACCCCAGGCUUCAUCUGCAGCUUCUAGGGACUCCGGAGCCAAACGCUACAACUCCUCCGAUUCUCUCUCCUCCCUCCCCUCUCUCCCCCUCCUCUCCUCCCUCACUUCCCCCACUGCCCCCCGCCGUCGCCCCCCCACUAUCUCCAUCCCAGAGGAAGACAGUGAAGAACCAUUUAGAUCCCUGCGCUCCCCCCAGCGCUCCCCCCAGCCAAUGAGACGCAGGCUGCUGGAGAGCGUCGUCAGCGAGGGCGGUGGGGAGGGCUGUCUGGGGUCGGAACCCAUGGUGUUCCAGAACCGCCGCCUCAUAAGCGACGGUAACCGUGAUGACGCGGCCUCUGACAUUCUGCCGGCCAUCCGAAGGGCCCAGUCCACCAGCAGCCUGGCCAGUUCAGUCAGAGGGGGUCGGAGGGCACUCAGCGUCCACUUUGGAGAGCUGCCCCCCUCCACACGCAGCAGGAAGGGCUCCGACUCCAGCUCCACCAGCUCAGGGUCUGGGGGGAGCUCCCAGGGAGGAGGGGUCAGGCGUAGUGGAGGUGGGGGGCCGCAGGGAGAAAGGCUGGAUGCGGAGGGCAGCGAGGGGGGAGACGUUGCUUCUGUCAUGAAGAAAUACCUGAGGAAGAGUGAGGACAUGAGGAAGAGUGAAGACCUGAGGAAGAGUGAGGACAUGAGGAAGAGUGAGGUUGACUAAAAGGAGAGGAGAGAGACUGAGCCUGCAUGUGUGUGUGAGAGAAAGAAUAAACUGAAGCCACUCCCAGAGACACCCAUGCAAGCUGCAAGGAGCCAUUGAAGAUAUCUACAAACUCGUGCCAAAUAAAUCAAUGAAGAUAGUUACACGCUUAAGGUAAAGAUGCGCAGAAGACAUUGAAGCCAACGAGUCAAGACAUACACACGCUUGUGUGUGUAUGGAUUGUGCUGUUCAUGGAAAAAUGUGAGCCCACUGAAGAUAAAAUAUCAGUUAGAUUAGAAGCACUGUUUGUACACUAAUAAAAAUAUUUAAAUGAAAA